UGGUCCACUCAGAACGAAACUAAUACCCAGAGAGAUAAGAAGUGUUUCUAUAUAUUUAAGUCGACCUUUAAACAACUAUCAAAAUUAUGUCGUAUAACCGUAUGAAAACGCCCAAAGAUUUAACUACUGUCGCAAAGCCCCUCAACAAUGGUGAGCGCUAUCCACCGAUACCAUUGCCAGUGCCACCGCCAGCCGGGCCAGAAACGAUGCCCGCAGAAAACGUGAAUCAUCCGAAUGCAGUCGACAGGGAAACUACGAAUCCGGCACCAUUUCUGGAGAGCGGGCAGAUUAUAAUGCACAACAGUCCUGGAUUUGCAGAUGCAGAUGAUAGCUUGCAGGCAAAGAAUAUCAUUUUCAAUGAUCAAACCAUACGCAAGGGCUUCAUACGAAAAGUGUACUUUAUUCUCUUGACACAAUUGCUCGUCACCCUUGGUGUGAUAUCCAUAUUUGUGUAUCACGAGCCCACAAAGCACUUUGUCCGGGAGAAGCCGAUGGUCGUGUGCGUCGCCAUGAUCGUCAACAUUGUGGUGCUGAUCUCGAUGGCCUGCUGUGAAACUGCUCGACGCAACUUUCCCAUCAAUUUCAUCUGUCUGGGCCUAUUUACGGCUACGAUGUCCCUGCUCCUGGGCGCCGUGGCCAGCACUCUAGACGCAAAUGUGGUGCUCUUGGCUGUGGGUAUAACUGCGGUGUUAGUUGUGGCACUGUCCAUAUUCGCCAUACAAACCAAAUAUGAUUUCACAGCCUGGGGCGGCGUCAUAAUCACGGUUGUUAUCUGUUUGUUGAUCCUUGCCUUUGCGGGUGCAUUUCUACGUGGAACCUUCGGUGAGACGGCGGUCUCAUGCCUUGGUGCUCUACUGGCCAGUUUCUUGCUAAUCUAUGAUACACAAUUGAUAAUUGGCGGCACACACAAGUAUCAGUUUAAUCCGGAGGAUUAUAUAUUCGCGGCAUUAACAUUGUAUUUAGAUGUGGUGCGCAUCUUCUUGUAUGUAUUGCGUCUAGCCAGAAGGUAAAUGAUUUUUGCUUGAUACUUAGAAAUAUUGCAUAAUGCUUACAUUAUGA